CAGCAAUGUCUUUACUUAUCAUAUCGAGUUCGGGAUUUGAAUAAGUAGGAACAUUAUUGUUCUCCUGAAAACAAAAGCAAUCAUGUAUCUGGAGAUCGGAACGUUUUUCGCACAACGAUAAUGAAAAAAAUUUAUAUAUUGUCAGCAACUUUGAUCUGCCAAUAAAAUUUCAAAACAAAUUUAACAGCAUGAACGAAAACAUACGUGAUGCGUGGAAAAAACAACACGGAAAUGAUAUAAAUAUCAAUAUUAAUGAAUUAGCAUAUCCAGGAAGCAACCUAACAUUACAAAAUAUCAAUAGAAAACUUUGGGAUUAUUAUUAUGAAUGUCUAAGAAAAAGAUAUUCUGAUAUUGGUCCAGAGAAGGCAUUACGUCUCUCUUCGUUGUCAGUAUUGGAAGGAACAUCUAUUACUUUAAAAUGCAAUAUCUGCAUUUCACCGAACGAUGCGUACACAAUUGAAUCAAUUGAAUGGUUUUAUCGAGAUAUUCGUGACAUAAAUCCUGAGGAUACGCAAAUAGAUACACUAGAUGAAAAUAUUGUCAUGUCCUCCGACGACGGAGCUCUGACUCUCUAUAAUGUCCAAACAUUUCAAGAAGGUUUAUAUUGGUGUAAAAUGAUAAAUACUUUGUCUGAUUACUAUUAUCUUUAUGUUGCUGACGAGAACGAACCGAUUAUUACGGUACGACCUGAAGAAGCGAUUGAAGCUCAACAUCCAGUACCUCCUUUAAUACUUUACUCAUACGGAUUAAAAGUUUUUUCAACAUGGUCCCCUUGGUCUCCUUGCUCAUUGUGUAACAUGAUUGGCACGCGAGUAAGAUAUGGCCACUGUACAAUAUCUCUUCUAGAACCUCCGCAAGAAAAUAAUGAAGAAUCAAUAGAACAAGUAUCUAAAAAUAUGCUUGAAGAUAUUAGUGAUGAAACAGAAAACGUGGGUGAGCAAUUGACGACUGAAGAAAAAAUAUCGCGUGAACGAUUGAAGAGACUGGCAAGAAAAGUAUUAAGGAUGUUUCAAAAUCAAUUGCCGUGUCGUUCGUCAUUCACUCCUCGGAAAAUUAAAGAAAUUUACGAAAUAAAAACCCGCAAAACAGAAAUAAUGAAGAAAUUUUGUAAAGUUAAAUGUCCACACAAUGUCGUAUAUGAAGUACGAGAUAGGAAUGGCAGAGUAAUAGAAACUGCGAAUAAUAGUGCUGGUAUAUUUUCUUUGGCUCAAGGAGUACCGGAAAUUCAACCAUCUGUAAAACGCAUUACUCUGUAUGAGAAUCACGGGUACAGUUUGAAAUUAAAAUGUCCAGGAAACAUGAACAUCGACUUGCCCAUUGUUUGGAAAAUCGGUACAAAAAUUCUCAACCCAGAGUCAUUACAAAAGCAAUCUUACGGACGUAUAUUUAUAGAUUCACGUCAACAAAUAAAUUUUAAGCAUCUGCGAUAUGCAGAUAUAAAUAUUUACAGUUGCUGGCAGAGAAAUACUCUCGCUGGUGUAAUUCGACUUGAAGUAUCGUAUGAAAUGCCUAAGAAUCUGGACUACCGAGUUAUGAUGCUCGGUGCAAUUCCAUUGAUCUCAGUAUUUCUUUAUGUUUAUUAUCGCGCUUGGCGAGGGCGCAAUCGAUUCAAAAAAAGUGAAAUUGUUGAAAAAUUCUUAUCAAAUAAUAAUAAAAAUAUUUAAUAACACAACAGAGAUGUCGACUUACCGCUAC